AUGUCCACGCCCAUCAUAACCACUACCACCACGACCACUACUACUACCACUACCAGUCCCCCAUCUCUUCCCGCAAACUUCACAUUCGCUCCCUCGACUUUAUAUAUUCUACUUGCGGAUAUAGGCCAUGAAUCGCUUUUCCACUGGGGCUACCUCCUCACCUCUGCUCCUCCUCCCGCUACGCGUACCCCUUUUCUCACUCCCGUGACCGGCACCAUUUUCCACAUAAGCAACAUGACCGGCCCCUGGCUCUACCAAUCCCCUACAUUCCCCCUCGCGCACCUUCUGAAAUUCAUCCCCUCCCUCCUCUUCAUCCUCAAAAUAUGUUCCGUAGAUACAAUUCUACACCCCGCGCUCUCAGAACGUCUAGGGAUAUUAGGUCUCCAAGCACAGCUGAAAAGCAUGGAAUCCAAGAUUUCCCAAUCACAAGAUUCGCAUCCGGGGACGGAAGAUGGCCAGAAAGAGGAAAAUGAGAAGUACUCGCAAGAGGAGAAAGAAAUGGUGUCCUCGGAAUCAGAAAUUUCAUGUAGAACAUGGAUUAAAUCUACCCUUUGUGUUUUGGAUGAAGAAGGAUAUAUUUCGUUUCCCGAAACCUCGCAUCGGCUGAGCUCGAAGACGGUGGUGGAUAGUAUCGAAGCGGAGGCGGUGGCGGGAGCGGGUUGGAAUAGGAUGAGGGGGACGGUGGGCUGGGAUCGGAGUGUAUGGGUUGGGGAGUAG